AUGCCUCACAUUCCAUAUCAAGCGCAUUUCGAAGGCCAUCUCGAAGACAUCGAGAAGCUGCUCACUCUGAGACCCGAGAGCAUGGUCAUGGAGUAUGCCGAACGUGUGGUUCCUAUCAGAAGCAAGAUAACGUACCAGAUCCACGUCUCCUAUGGCUCCGAAACUGGCGCUGUAUCCAUGCUCGUUGAUCCUGUAAUCGUCCGCCGGAUCGAUUGCCUAACCGCAUUGAAUGAAUCGGAUGUCGAUCUCCUUACCUCUGUUGAGCGCUUGAGUGGUGUUCGGAUGCAGAUCCCCGCCAAUGCAGAGCUUGCGACAGACAUUAGAAAGGCAAUCGAGCACAACAUUAGGCACUUGGCCGUUACGGCGAGCAUUUCUUUCAGUGUUGUUGGUAGGGAAGAACCCAAGGACCUUAAUGGCAGUAACAAUUUGGCCGAGAAGGUAGCUCCGAAAGGGUACAUUAGCCUGCAAGAGCAUCACGACGUAUAG